GUUUUAAACUACAUUGAUGAUCUCAUCGACUUCGCCUCCGCCAAAAUGACGUUUAAUAAAAUGGGGAUCGUUUUGGUUAUGGCACGAUUUAAAAUUUUAAAAUGGUUGUAAUUGGUCUAAUAUUGUCACGUGUAACAUUGGCUAUUUGUCAAAUUUAGUCACGUGUUAUUGUACAAACAUUGAUAACAAACCUCCAAGUCAGCAUUAUGUAAUUCUUUUGAACUUUCAUAGCACAAUAACAAUCAAACGUUAUAGAAAGUGUUGAAUAAAACAAUAUGAUAAAUUUUGAAAACAAGUAAUCUAUUUAACGUACGUCUUAUCAAAAUCAAGAAUUUUUUCAUUAUUGGCAUCAUGAUGUGGACUAAAUUAUUAAGAAAGGCUCCAUUCACUAGACUAGUAUUUUCCUUAAUGAGGCAUAAAAGUGAUGGCUUGUCCAGCAUCAGUUCAGAUGUUAAUUCAUUUGAUAGCUCAGAAACAAAAUUUUCACCACUGACUACAUUUUCAGAAGAAGAGGAAAUGAUGAGAGACAUGGUGGCAAAGUUUGCUUCAGAGCAAAUAUCACCUUUAGUUGAUGAAAUGGAUAAAAGCAGUAAAAUGGACAAGAAUCUUCUUCAAUCUAUGUUUGACCAUGGGUUAAUGGGUAUUGAGAUUGAAUCAGAAUAUGGUGGUUCAAAUUCUACAUUCUUCAGUUCAAUCUUAGUUAUAGAAGAACUUGCCAAAGUUGAUGCUGCCAUUGCAUUACCUUGUGACAUCCAAAACACUUUAAACAAUCGUCUAAUAAGGCAGUAUGGCACAGAAGAGCAAAGAAAUUUAUAUUUGCCAAUGUUGGCAACAUCAACACUUUCAUCAUUUUGCUUGUCAGAACCAGAGUCUGGUAGUGAUGCAUUUGCAUUGAAAACCAUAGCUGAAAAGAAAGGAGACUAUUUUGUCAUCAAUGGCAGUAAAUGUUGGAUAUCAAAUUCUUCUGAGGCUGGACUGUUCUUGUUGUUUGCCAAUGCUGCACCUGAAAAGGGUUAUCGUGGAAUCACAUGUUUCAUUGUGCCUCGUGAUACAGAAGGCUUACAUAUAGGUCCUAAAGAAGAUAAGCUUGGUAUCAGAGCAUCUUCAACAUGCACAUUAAAUUUUGAUGACAUGAAGAUUCCAAAGAAAAAUGUACUGGGAGAGUUAGGGCAAGGUUACAAAUAUAGCAUUGAGGUACUCAAUGAAGGUCGUAUAGGAAUUGGUGCCCAGAUGGUUGGUGUUGCUCAAGGUUGCUUUGACCAUACUUUACAGUAUGUCCUAGAAAGAAAGCAGUUUGGAAAGAAAAUAUGGGAUUUUCAGUCAAUGAAACAUCAAAUUGCAACCGUUGCCACACAGAUUGAAGCUGCAAGAAUGUUGGUUUAUAAUGCUGCCAGACGACAAGAAGCUGGUCUACCUGUAGUCAAAGAAGGUGCAAUGGCAAAGUUCUAUGCAUCUGAGGUUGCAAGCAUAACAACAUCAAAAUGCAUGGAAUGGAUGGGUGGUGUUGGUUUUACAAAGGCGUAUCCUAUAGAAAAAUACUACAGAGAUGCUAAAAUUGGCUCAAUUUAUGAAGGUACCUCAAAUAUUCAACUGACUACAAUUGCAAAAUGUAUUGAAAACAAAAGUUGAACAACAUUUAUAAUGGAGAAGAGUCAACAUGAAAAGCUGUUGCUCUUGCAUGUGUAUGUUGGUAAAGUGUAUUUUGAUAAUUUAUUUGCUGUAUUGAACAUUUAGGAUAGUGCAAUCAUAUCCUUUUUCAGCAUAUAAACUGUGGUCCCCAAUGUCAUUCUGGCUCUUUGCCAUGACAAAUUUUUCCUCCCCAGCAGAUUUAUGACUUCAUCUAACAUUGUCUGCCACUAUGUUAAGCUCAUAAAGUAUUGUCAGCAACAGGAGCUUUUCUGCUCCUAGGAAUUUAACAUAACUUUUAACGGCAAAAAAGUAUUGUAAUGCCCUGUGGGAUAAGCAUAGUGAUCAGGCAUUAGAAGUUAACAAAAGGUUAAUUUCUGAUGGUUUUUCUCAUACACCCUGUAUAUUUCAAUUGCAUGCAAUAACAGAAUUUCACUAUAGAUCCUUAAAGAGGCCCAGAGUUUAGUUGUAUAAAAUGUAUGAAACAACAUAUGUAAACCAUAACAUAUACACUUUUUAACCUUUAAAAUUGAAUAACUUGAAACAAAAAGUCUCGGUCAAUUUAGGUGCCAAGCUUUUUGCAGAAAUUAAACAAUAUGAUGACAA